GAUUUCUUCUCCUUGUAAAUCAAGAAAUUCAAGCAAUCAGGAUUUUCUACUAGCAAGAAUCAUCCAUGGAGUCACAAUGGAAAGAAAGAAAACCAAAAUCUAGAAGUUGUUAUUCAAAUCAAAGAGAGCUCAAACUUAUCGAUUGCUUGAUUAACACAGAUGAUAACAAUUCAUCUAAAGCUCAUCGCGACGAUGAUGUUUUUGCAAGAGUUUUCUCAUGCAACUAUUGUGAAAGGAAAUUCGAUAGCUCUCAAGCACUUGGAGGACACCAAAAUGCGCAUAAAAGAGAGAGAAUUCUUGCGAGAGGACAAGUUUUUGGUGGCUACCCUUAUUUGCACCACCAUUGUUAUCGUUCAAGCAUGGCUACCGUCUCUCUUCCUCUUAAUAGAAUUAAACUGAACUCAACUUUUCAUUAUAAACAUGAAAGCUUGAACUUCUCCAGGCCAUCGAUGAAACAAGAAGCUCAAGUAGCCAUGAAAAAGGUGUCAAAGGAGAACUGUACUUUAAAUGCAACACCAUCGUCACUUGCAAAUGUUGGUACGUUCCUUUUACAGAAGACUAUUUUAGGUUCAGAUUCCGCAGCUGAUGAGCAGACAAUUUGUAAUUAUCUUUCAAAUACUAAUGGUCAAGAUGAUAUACUUGACUUGUCCCUUAAGCUCUAAGAUUUGUUACUCGUUUUGUAGUCAAUCUAUGUAUGACACAAAAAGCAAAGGCAUCAAAAUAGCCCCAAACAGCUUAAAAUAGAGGAACCUAAUUAAGUAUUUAUAAACUAGUGUAACUCUUGAUAAGACUUUAAAAAUCAGUCGAACCAAUUUAAGCUGAGUAAUAAUAUAUUGAGUUUGAGCUCGGCUCAAUAAAGAUUCAACUCAUUUAUAAUUUCUAGUUAAAUUCAGGUUCAAGCCCGAACUAACUGUUUUCUAAUAAAGCCUCAAUAGCUUACAAGCAGAGCAUCAAUUAUUUACAGCCAGGUCCUGGGUCCGAGGUUUAAGACCUGCACCUACACCUAUUUGCUUUAAUACCUUUAACUCUUCCAGAAUCUCGUUUUCCUUGCCUCUUCGCCCCUGGGCAGGGAGAGGAGGGGGCAAUUGCCCCCUUCUUUUUUAGCCUUUGGGGGUGGGUAAGUGCAGUUGGUGGAGAAACAAGAUGCUGUUGUGGGUUUACAGGAAAAGUUACAAAAUAAAAUAACUAGUUUACAUAUGGGUAGUUUUUGUCCGACUUAAACAAAAGGAAAAACACAAUAGCAAUGCAUAUUCAGUGUGGUAAUUUUCAAGGUUCUAGAUUUGCAUAUCCAAUGUAUGAAGCAAUAAUUAAUAAAGGGAUAAACUAGAUGAAGACACGAUGCUGUUUUAUUCUAUAGCUCAUUGUCAUUAGCAAUCAAAUCAAGAGGAAAGAAUGUAAAAAAAAAAAAAGAAAGAAAAGCAAAGAAUUUUCUCAUCUAUAAAGGAUAAAAAAAAAAAAA